UGGUGUGAGGGAGCCAUGGCUGCUUCUAAGGGUCCCAUAAACAAGAAAAUCCGUCUCCAAAGCAGGAAGGGAGGAGGAAUGGGGAGAUAUUGUGAGAAGCACCAGGAGUCCCUAAAACUCUUCUGUAUGGAGGAUGAAACUGUAGUCUGUCUGGUGUGUGACAAAUCCAGGAAGCACAGAGGUCAUGAGGUGAUUCCCGUGGAUGAGGCUUCUGAGGACUACAAGGAAAUUAUCAAUAGCUACCUGGAGAACCUUAGGAAAGAAAGAAAGAAAAUUCUGGCCUAUGAAGCAGAACUGGAAAAGGAAAGCCAAGACCUCCUUAAAUGUACAGCAACUGAGAUGCAGAAGGCAGAGGAGAAGUUCAGAGAACUGCACCAAUUUCUGCUGAAUCAGAUCAAAGAGGUGGAGAAAGAGAUUGCAGGGAGAAGGGAUGAGCACCGGGCAAGACUCUCCAGAAAACUCUCCUCUCUUGAAAGGAUCAUCCAGGAGAUGGAGGAAAAGAGUCAGCAGCCAGCAAGUGAACUCCUGCAGGAUGUGGGAAGCACCUUGCAGAGGUGUGAGAGAACAGAGAGAUCGGAGAAUCCACCGGCUUUUCCUCCAGAGCUGAAGGAGGAGGCCUCCAGAUUUCGUGAUAUGAAUCUCCGUCUGGAGGAAGUCAUGAAGGAAUUCAAAGAUGCUAUGUUAUUCAGACAACAGUUUCAGAAAGCAAAUGUCACUCUGGAUCCAGACACAGCCCAUUCCUGCUUCAUCUUGUCCAAGGAUGGGAAAAGCGUGAGAUUCGCAAACAGAAAGCAAGAUGUGCCCAAUAAUCCUGAGAGAUUCAACAACUGGCAUUGUGUGCUGGGACUUGAGGAAUUCACAGCAGGCAGACAUUUCUGGGAGGUCAAUGUGGGAAGUGAGGGAGAAUGGGCUGUGGGGGUUGCCAGGAAGUCUAUAGGGAGAAAGGGCCGUUUUCCCUUCAGUCCUGAGGGAGUCCUCUGGGCUCUGGAAAAGAUGGGAAAUGGGUACUGGGCCUGGAACCCGCCUUAUAACACUCCUCUGUCCCUGAGUGAGAAGCCCAGGAGGAUCCGGGCGACUCUGGACUAUGAAGGGGGACGUGUGUCUUUUUAUGACGCUGACACAGGAGCCGAACUCUACACGUUCUCAGGAGCCUCGUUCUCUGCAGAGACCCUCCUCCCUUUCUUUCGUCUGUGGGGAAAUGAAACCCACCUCAGUAUCUCCUGAGGAGACUAAAUCUGCCUCUCAGGCCCAGCAGGAGUUUCUCUCCAGAAAAGAAGGGCUGAGAUAAAACCCAACAUUUACCUCAGUUGCACUUUGGGCAGCUUUUUAGGGGCCGUGUGAGAAGAUUACAAUCAGCAGAAAUAACAAAACAAAAAUGGUUGCCUUUCCCUGCUUUUUAUUUCCCCUUUCCAGAAUUCUCUCUGCAGAUUAUUUCUUAAAGAGACGGUAACACUUUUAACACUCCC